UGGGCUCUGCUGUGCUGUCCCAGCACCCGCAACCCCUAAAGCGUGCGUCGGGCUCUGCUGCAGGCGGCACUGCUCAGAGGCACCGGCUGGAGGGAGGAAGGACGAGUGAGCAGGGCCGAGGGGUGCGAUCCUGCCUCCUUUCCAGGGUAUGAGUCUCAGACAUGGGGAAAAAAAAGCGCAAAUGUCUCCUCCUCUCUGCUGCAUCUGGUGUUUGGGGUCUGGGAGAAGAGGAGCAAGAAGGCGAACGGCACGGCAGGACCUGAUUCACCUCUGUCUUAGCGGGAUUUGUGCUGUGGUCACAUCUGACCAGCGGAGCCUGGACUCGGGCCAGAAGGGAUCAGUCACUGCUGAAAAAGCUUACGAGGGAUUUCGGAAGGGUUUGCUGGAGGGUCUGGCUGGGGGGAGGCCACAUCUGCUCGCACACGAUUUCUGAAGAUGCUUUCAGAGAUGGCAGCCGGGCUGGAUGGACCUCGGGUGAGAGCUGGCGCAGUCAGAUGCGGGGCUGAACCAUGCGGGUGGCGACAGCUGGGGGAACCUCAGAUGCACAGUCCCACCCGAGGCCUGGGCAGGGUGAUGGUGUUCCUCGCAGCAGCCCUGGCGUCAGCUUCCCUCGCCGUCCCCGAGGGCUGGGGAGAGGAAGGUGUGCAGUACGGCCAGGUGGGGACGGACGUGACCCUGUCGUGCGCCGGUGCCCGCGCCGGCUCGCCGGUGCAAUGGAGACGAGAGGGGGCCACGGCGCUGCCGGAGGGCUCGGCCAUCCAUCAGGGAGCCCUGGUGCUGCCGCACGCCAGCCUGGCUGCUGCAGGGACCUACAGCUGCCACAGCGAGGAUGGCAGCCUCCUGCACACCGUGUCCCUGCGGCUGGGGUACCUGCCGGGGGUCCCCUUUGUGUCCUGCAGAGCAUCCGACUAUGAGAACUUCUCCUGCUCCUGGACCUCCAGCCUGGAGACCUUCCUCCCCACCAGAUACAUCACCACCUAUAGGAAGAAAUCACUGACGGGAGAAGAGAAGCGGAGGAACAAGAGCGGGCACGUGGGGCCAUGCCUGCAGGAUCCAUCCCGUGCCGGUACCUGCACAGUGCACCGCUCGGAGUUCUGGAGCUCCUACCGGCUGAACAUCACCGAGGUGAACCCACUGGGCUCCAGCUUCCGCCUCCUGGACAUCACCAUGCAGGCCAUCAUUAAGCCGGACCCUCCAGAGGGCUUGGUGGUGGAGCCUGUCCCCCUGGCCCCGCGGCGGCUCUACGUGAGCUGGAAGUACCCCGCGUCCUGGCCCAAGGAGCCCCACUUCCAGCUCCGCUUUCGGCUCCAGUACCGCCCCGUCAUCCACCGCUCCUGGUCCGUGGUGGAGACGGUGAACCUGUCCGAGGUAAUCACGGACGCCUUCGCGGGGCUGGAGCACGUGGUGCAAGUGAGCGCGAAGGAUUUCCUGGACGCGGGGAACUGGAGCGAGUGGAGCGCGGAGGCACGGGCCACCCCAGUCAGAGACCCAGCCGCCACGGCGAGUGAAGGAACCACUACAGAUGCCAGCCUGGAGAGCCUGGCGGAGGAGCCCUCGCAGGCUCCCAACCCUGAGCCCAUCAUUUCCUGUCCCAGACCGCAGCGACCCUCUGGAGAAGAUGGCCAUCCUGGUCUCCCUUGGGAUCUUCGCCUUCUUCAUCCUGGCUGCUGUUCUCGUCAUCACCAUCCUCAUCUGGCUCCGAAUGAGGAAGCACAGCAAGGACGAGACCAAACCCCACAACUUCUUGGUUGCUGCCACCCACUUGAAGGCUCUGCCGAGGACCCAAAUCCUGCCGUGAGCCCCAUCUAACCCCGCUCCGUGCACCCGCUCACCACGUACGGACCGUGACACCACUGUUGGCACCAAGGGCCCGACGCUGCACAGCCUCAGACGCUGCCCCCAGCACCCUUUGGGUGCGUGAUGGACCCUAAGGACAGAGGCUGUGCUUCCAGGAGCUUUGGGCUGCCCGUGCCCACCAGGAGCCGGCUGGAGACACCUCGGACUUAUGGCAACGAGCCACGCUGAGCACAUGGGGAUGGGGCACCGAGCCAGCCCCGCGCCGCUGCGCCGUGCCACCUUGAGGGGGACCAUGGGCACAGGCUCCCAAGGGUGCUGGGCAUCACUGAGCCCCCUCCACCAGCCAUCUAAAGGCAGAAGGGACCCCCACCCCCCUUCUGUGAUCCAAAUAAAUGGGGUAGCGUUGGCGCUACCCAGGCAAGA